AUGUCGGACGGCCCCGUUCAGCCUCCCAAGCCCACAGUGGUGCUUGAAGCACACGAGGUCGACACUUUCCACGUCCCUAAAGCAUUCCACGACAAGCACCCCACCGGCACCCACCUCAAGGAUAUCAAAGAGUACCAAAAGCUCUACGAUGAAUCCAUCCGCAGUCCCGAUACUUUCUGGGCCCGCAUGGCCCGCGAGCUCCUCACAUUCGACAAGGACUUUCAAACCACACACCACGGUUCAUUCGAGAAUGGCGACAAUGCCUGGUUCGUUGAGGGUCGUUUGAACGCAUCCUACAACUGUGUCGAUCGCCACGCCCUCAAGAACCCAGACAAGGUCGCCAUUAUCUAUGAGGCUGACGAGCCCAAUGAGGGCCGGAAGAUCACUUAUGGAGAGUUGAUGCGCGAGGUGUCCCGCGUAGCCUGGACCCUCAAGGAGCGCGGCGUGAAGAAGGGUGACACGGUCGGUAUCUACCUGCCCAUGAUUCCCGAGGCCGUGAUCGCCUUCCUCGCCUGCUCUCGCAUCGGUGCCGUGCACUCCGUCGUGUUCGCCGGUUUCUCAUCCGACUCCCUCCGGGACCGUGUCCUGGACGCCUCUUCCAAGGUCGUAAUUACCUCCGAUGAGGGCAAGCGUGGCGGCAAGGUCAUUGGCACUAAGAAGAUUGUCGAUGAGGCCAUGAAGCAGUGUCCCGAUGUGCACACCGUGCUGGUUUACAAGCGCACCGGCGCCGAGGUGCCCUGGACUGCUGGCCGCGACAUCUGGUGGCACGAGGAGGUCGAGAAGUACCCUAACUACCUCGCCCCUGAACCCGUCAGCUCCGAGGACCCUCUUUUCCUUCUGUACACUUCCGGUUCCACCGGUAAGCCCAAGGGUGUUAUGCACACCACUGCCGGUUACCUGCUCGGUGCUGCCAUGACCGGCAAGUACGUGUUUGAUAUUCACGAAGAUGACCGCUACUUCUGUGGUGGUGAUGUUGGUUGGAUUACCGGUCACACCUAUGUUGUGUACGCUCCUCUGUUGCUUGGCUGUGCCACCGUUGUGUUUGAAAGUACACCCGCCUACCCUAACUUCUCCCGCUACUGGGAUGUUAUCGACAAGUACGACGUCACCCAAUUCUACGUCGCGCCCACCGCCCUGCGUCUGUUGAAGCGCGCCGGAGACGAGCACAUUCACCACAAGAUGCGCAGUCUUCGUAUUCUCGGCUCGGUUGGAGAGCCAAUUGCUGCGGAGGUUUGGAAGUGGUACUUCGAGGCUGUCGGCAAAGAAGAAGCUCACAUUUGUGAUACAUACUGGCAAACCGAGACUGGCUCAAACGUCAUCACUCCUCUCGGUGGUAUCACCCCCACUAAGCCCGGUAGUGCUUCGCUGCCUUUCUUCGGUAUUGAGCCAGCUAUUAUCGACCCUGUUUCUGGGGAGGAGAUUCUCGGCAACGAUGUCGAGGGUGUGUUGGCCUUCAAGCAGCCCUGGCCCAGUAUGGCCCGCACCGUUUGGGGUGCUCACAAACGGUAUAUGGACACUUACCUGAACGUAUACAAGGGUUACUACUUCACCGGAGAUGGUGCUGGCCGUGACCACGAUGGUUACUACUGGAUCCGUGGCCGUGUUGACGAUGUUGUCAACGUCUCUGGCCACCGUCUGUCUACCGCCGAGAUUGAGGCCGCACUUUUGGAGCACCAUUCCGUUGCUGAGGCCGCUGUCGUCGGUAUCGCCGACGAACUCACUGGCCAGGCUGUCAACGCCUUCGUCGCUCUCAAGGAGGGUAACGAGACAACCGAACAGAUCAGCAAGGACUUGGCUAUGCAAGUUCGCAAAUCCAUCGGACCUUUCGCUGCUCCCAAGGCUGUCUUCGUCGUCGAGGACCUCCCCAAGACUCGCAGUGGCAAGAUCAUGCGUCGCAUCCUGCGCAAGAUCCUUAGCGGCGAGGAAGACAGUCUCGGUGAUACUUCAACGCUCUCCGAUCCCAGCGUUGUGGAUAAGAUUAUCGAAACCGUCCACGCUGCCCGCAAGUAA